UUCUUCUUUCUUCUUGUGGUUGAGUUUAUUUUUCUUCCUUUAGUUUGACGCAAUGAUAAAGAUACUCAGCCCUCAUAACUCUCACUCGACCACCACCACAACUCUUAAAACAGCUGAGAUCUUGUCCAAGUACAGACCUAUUGCUCCUAAGCCAGGGACGAGUCAAGUUAUUAACGAAAAUGACUCUUCUUCUUCCUCUAUGUCUCACAAGAUUAGCCAAUCUCCUUACCUUCGUAACCUCUGGCCUCAGCUUCAAGCUCGUCCUACUAGAACCCGCAAGCGAGGCCGAGGUGGCAUGGGUCCAACGUCUCCUCUUUCGUUGAAGAGACACAAGCCGUCGUCAUCAUCUGCUUCUACCACCACUACUACUCCACAACGCGUGUUUGGUCCUAUUAAAACGCUUUCGUUUCAGGCUUUCUCUCACGCUGGGAUACCUAACCUCGCGCAAGUUGGCUACGCCUUGGAGAAUGGUGGCUCUCCUGCUUUGGUGACUCUGCCUCUUCUUCAAUGCUCUCCUUCCAAAUGCAUGGAGCCAGAGAUCAAAGGUGUCAUUGAUCUAAACAAGACCGCUGAAGUGAUACAGGAGAGAGAUUUCUUGAAGCAACUUCAAGAACCUAUCAUCACAACAACCACAAGCAGAGUGAUAGCACCGCAGGCCAUAAGACCCGUUUGCUCGAGGAUCAACGUAGCAUGCAUAAAUCCACUAACCAACCCAUCUCGAACCAUCAAGAAGUCACCACAAGAUGUGGAAGAGGAGUUCGAAUCCGAUGACGUACCAGCCAUAAUCUCGGACUCCAACAACAGAGUCAGGCUAGUGAACUCAGCGUACAAGGAAAUGAUGGGGCAGCCUGAGUGCUUGUGGCUUGACUCGAUGGUUAGAGGGAAGAGGAUCUGUGGGGAAGUGAUGAUCCGUUGCUGUGAAGCCAAGAUUCCGGAGAACAAUGGGUUCUCUUGCUGGGUGAGGAUAGAGUGGGGGAGAGACGGUAAGGAGGAGUUUGUGCAUGCCUUCUGCGAUGUGAUGAAACUUGAGUGUGAUUCCAAGGAUUACGUCUUUACGUGGAGGUUUCACACAACCACAAGAGAGAACUUGUCGACCAAGCUGUCAUGCUUAGCUUAGGGUUUGGAGUAAAAAUGUGGUGUUGUUCUUUUGUAGUGGUUUUAGCUUAA